AUUAAUCCCUCUCAUACUUGGAUGAAAGUCCCCUCUACUUGGAGGUUCCAUUCUCCAACUGGUAUAACUAUUAGUCGUGAUUCUGACUUUGGUAAAACUUGACCAUUAAUCAUUUAAUCGGGAAUAACGCCACGGUAAUCAUGAAGACAAUAACGGCUACAAUUUGCUUUGCAGCUUUAUUUUAUUUGGUUGCCAGUGAAAAUACAAUCGUCAAUGUUGACCUUUACUAUGAGUCUUUAUGUCCCGACAGUAUCAAUUUCGUGAGGGAUCAACUUGUUCCAACGUAUCCUCAUCUUAAAAAAUUCCUUCACAUCAAUUUUGUUCCUUACGGAAAAUCGACGCACUUUAAGACUGACUCAACUUGGCAUUUUACAUGCCAACAUGGACAACCUGAAUGCCGAGGGAAUAAAGCCCAAGCUUGUGCAAUCAGCGAAAUUCAAAAUCUCGAUCUUGGAUUACAGGACAAACAACAAUUAUUGGUUGAUCUUGUCGGUUGUGCCAUGACUAGUCAAAAUCCCGAAACUUCUGUCACUUUGUGCGCCUUGCAAAUUGGCUUAAAAGAAGAUUCAAAGAAUCAUAUCGUUGUCUGCAAAGGAAAUUCCCAGGGUGAUGAACUUUUAGCCGGACACGGAAAUAUCACGAACUUGUUUCAAAAACCAAUAGCAUUCGUGCCAACAAUUGUAAUCAAUGGAGUUUACACGAAAGAAAAUCAACACAUGGCAGUGAGAAAUUUCAAAAAAUUAAUUUGCUCACAUAUUCCGGCCAAUGAGACGCCCGCUUUUUGCAAGGCCGUCAACUAACAGAAAAAGGCGAUACGUGGGGUCAUCAAAAACGAUUGGAUGACGGUAAUUUUUAAAUAAAAAAGAAAAAGAUCCAUUAGUCAUUAAUCAAGGUCUAUUAUCUAAUUCAUAUUCAUUCACUACAAAAUACUUAUAAUUUUCUUUAUGUACAAAAAUAAACUCGUCAAAUAUUAUUAUCACGUA